AUGACUCCAUUUAAAUUAACGUUUGGAACCGAAAUGAAACACCCAGAUCUACUCCCAUUAUGCAGUUUAAUAAAAGAAGAGUAUGCAAAAAGUUUUUUUGGAAAAAAGAGAAGCAGAACUCAAGAGGCUAAACAAUGCAUACUAAAAGCUCAGCAAGAGCAAAAUAAAACAUUUGAUCAUAGAAGAGUAGCAGCAACAGAUUAG